GGAAAGGACUUCCAUAGUUUCUGGCAUUAAGAUGAACGAAAACCUUCAAAGAAAUCACAAAACAGCUACACUCACCAACACGAAGCGCUGGAGCAAAUAAAAUGGAGUCUACUCUCAAGAAAUAUUUUGGUUUUUCCGAGUUCCGUCCUUAUCAAAAGGAGGUCAUUCAUCAAAUUAUAGACAAAAGGGACUGUCUUGUUGUCAUGGCGACUGGGAGCGGAAAAUCUUUAUGCUAUCAGAUUCCUCCUUUGCUCACUGGAAAGACGGCCGUAGUCGUUAGCCCUCUUAUAUCUUUGAUGCAAGAUCAGGUGAUGAGUUUAAAACACAGAGGCAUCAAAGCUGAGUAUCUUGGAUCCUCGCAGACUGAUCCUACUGUCCAGACAAAAGCCGAGACUGGUCAUUUUCAUUUACUGUAUAUGACUCCAGAAAAAGCAUGCUUAAUUCCCAGAAGUUUUUGGUCCAAGUUGCUGAAAGUGGGAAUUUCACUGCUUGCCGUUGAUGAAGCACAUUGCAUAUCAGAGUGGGGCCAUGAUUUCAGGGUCGAAUAUAAGCAGUUAGAUAAGUUACAUGAUACUCUGAUGGAUGUUCCAUUUGUUGGCUUAACUGCAACUGCUACUGAAAAGGUCCGCAUUGACAUUAUGAGUUCCCUAAAAAUGAAGGAUCCUUAUGUUGCCAUUGGAUCAUUUGAUCGCAAAAACAUCUUCUAUGGUGUGAAAGUUAUCAAUCGUGGUCAGUCAUUUGUCGAUGAGAUUGUGAAAGAAAUUUCAAUGUUUGUAGCUAAUUCUGGUUCAACUAUUAUUUAUUGCAUGACAAUCAAAGAUGUUGAGCAGGUUUUCAAGGCACUUUUGGAGGUAGGAAUUAAGGCUGGAAUGUAUCAUGGUCAAAUGGAAAGUAAAGCUCGUAAGGAGUACCAUAGAUUAUUUAUUACAGAUGAACUUCGUGUUAUGGUUGCCACUAUAGCUUUCGGCAUGGGUAUUGAUAAGCCUGACAUAAGACAUGUAAUACAUUAUGGUUGCCCAAAGAGUUUGGAAUGCUAUUAUCAGGAAAGCGGCCGAUGCGGUAGAGACGGUAUAGCUUCCACUUGUUGGCUUUAUUUUGCAAGAAGUGACUUUGCAAAGGCUGAAUUCUACUGUGGAGAAUGCCAAACAGAAAACCAAAGAAAAGCUGUCAUGGAGUCACUGUUGGCUGCACAACGCUAUUGCUUAUCAACAACUUGCAGAAGAAAGCUGUUGCUUAAUCACUUUGGAGAAAUAUUUUCAGCUGACAAAUGUGGAAAUUGUGAUAACUGCACAAUCUUAAAGAGGGAGCAGGACAUGUCUAAGGAAUCAUAUAUAUUAAUGGCUUGCAUUCAAGCAUGUGGGGGUAAUUGGGGCCUCAAUAUUCCUAUAGAUGUUCUUCAUGGGUCUCGAUCAAAAAAGGUUCUUGAUGCUCACUUUGACAAGCUUCCAUUUCAUGGACUUGGGAGAGAUCAUUCAUCAAACUGGUGGAAGAGUCUGGCUUACCAGUUAAUCUCUUCUGGUUAUCUGAUGGAGACUGUUAAAGGUGUUUACAGAACUGUAAGUGUCAGUCAGAUGGGAAAACAAUAUCUUAGUUUGGCAACACCUGAUCAUCAACAACCUUUAGUUUUGCCACUAACCGAUGAAAUGAUUGAUCAACAUGAAAGCACAUCAAGCAAAAAUGGAGAAUUGAAGAGUUCAGUGACAUCAGAACUCGAGGGAUUUUCAGAGGCUGAGGCAAAACUUUAUCACAUGCUGGUAGAGGAGAGAAUGAAACUUGCAAGAUUCUCAGGAACUGCUCCAUAUGCUGUAUGUGGUGACCAAACUAUAAAGAAAAUUGCAUUAACAAGGCCAUCUACUAAAGCAAGGUUGGCAAACAUCGAUGGAGUCAACCAGCACCUUGUAAUGACCCACGGGGAUCAUCUUCUUCAAACUGUUUGGCAUCUAUCUCAAGCACUAAACCUUUCCCUGGAUGCGGAAAUAGGUGUUCAGACUAUUUCAACAAGAAAACUUUAUCCAGUAGCCAACAACCAAAGAAAGUUGGCUCCUGCAAAGUUUGAAGCUUGGAAAAUGUGGCAUGAAGAGGGUCUUUCAAUUCAGAAAGUUGCUAACUGCCCUGGUAGGUCAGCUCCUAUAAAAGAACAAACUGUUGUUGAGUAUCUUUUAGAGGCUGCACAAGAGGGAUUUGAGAUGGAUUGGACCAGACUCUGUGUUGAGGUUGAACUGAAAAACGAAAUUUUGUUAGCCAUUCAGGGUGCAAUCUCAAAGGUUGGCUCCACGGACAAGUUGAAACCCAUCAAGAAUGAACUACCAGAUGAUAUAAGUUACCUACAUAUCAAGCUUUUUCUAGCAAUGGAAAAGUGUGGGAAGUUGCAGGAAAUGAUACCAGCUAGCCACACCAAAGCUGAUGAAUUUCUGAUGAAGGCACUGCAACAACAUUCUGUUGAUGCAUGCCACAUUGAAGAACCCCAUGAAGUUGAAGAGGCGAAGGAAAUGGUUGCUAAUUGUUCAUCUUACAAUAAAGAAGAAAGAACCUCUCUUACUUCCGCAAGUGCCAGGGGACCAGAGCUAGCUCAUGAUAACAAUGAUGAAGACAACGAUGAACCUGGUUCUAUUAAACGCCAAAGAGUUGAGAAUGAAGCUGAAAGAUCCAGUGCAUUUGAAGUGACAGAGAGUUCCAUAUUAAACUUGCUUCAAGAGUUUGACAAUGGGGUUUCACCGUCUGAUAUUUUGGAAUACUUCAAUGGAUCUGAAGCGGGAGCUGUUAUCAAUCUGCUGAGUAGCCUGGAAGGUGAAUUCAUCAUAUUUAAGAAGAAUGAUCUUUAUAGGCUAUUGUAAUGCUGUAGCUGCAUUGGAUUGCUGAAUAUAGAUUGCCUAGGUAAAUGCAACUAACUUGUGAUAUUCAACAAUGGCCUUUUUGUUCAUAAAUGGAAUUCAUUUCAAAUUGCUGUUGUUGGCAAACAAAGAAAAGAGAAGUAUUAGUGUAAGAAUUCCGGUGGCUUGGUUCA